GUUUCCGGAAACUGACUAUCAUGUGACUUGUUUGGUUAAGAUUUGCUCUUGCACAUAAAGCAGCAUCAUUGUGGGGUUAAAGAAAUACCUGCUCUGUUAGCGUUCCCCUCUAGCCUUUUCUGUCGAUACCUUUCCGUAUAUCUUCCCUACUCUGUAAUGGACGAGACUAGCCCACUGGUGUCCCCUUUACGGGACUCAACUGAUUUUAGCUACUGUCCCACCGAGCCUACGAGUCCCCGGGGCGGAUUUGGAGGAACACCAGGCUCAGUCGUGCGCAUUCCGGCUGGGAGUCCUGGAAGGAGCCGUGAACGGCAACCACUUUUGGAUAGAGACCGAGGAGGUCCUCCACGCGAUCCGCAUAGAAAUGAUUUCCCCGAAGAUCCAGAAUUCAGGGAGAUAAUUCGGAAAGCAGAGCGUGCUAUUGAGGAGGGAAUCUACCCGGAGAGGAUCUACCAAGGAUCCAGUGGCAGUUACUUCGUAAAAGAUUCGCAUGGGAAGAUCAUUGGAGUGUUCAAACCUAAGAAUGAGGAGCCGUAUGGCCAGCUCAAUCCCAAAUGGACCAAGUGGCUGCAGAAGCUGUGCUGUCCCUGCUGCUUUGGCCGAGACUGUCUGGUGCUCAACCAGGGCUACCUCUCAGAGGCGGGAGCCAGUCUGAUGGACCAGAAACUGGAGCUUAACAUCGUACCCCGCACCAAAGUUGUCUACUUGUCUAGUGAAACGUUCAACUACAAUGCCAUAGACCGAGUGAAGUCACGAGGUAAACGCCUGGCCCUGGAGAAGGUCCCUAAAGUAGGCCAGCGAUUCCACCGGAUUGGCUUGCCUCCAAAGGUUGGCUCUUUCCAGCUCUUUGUGGACGGGUACAAAGAUGCCGAUUUCUGGUUGCGGCGCUUUGAGGCGGACCCUUUGCCAGAGAACACCAACCGCCAGCUGCAGCUUCAGUUUGAGAGGCUGGUGGUCCUCGAUUACAUCAUCAGGAACACUGAUAGAGGAAAUGACAAUUGGCUGAUCAAAUAUGAUUGCCCCAUGGACACCUCAGGCAACAGGGACACUGAUUGGGUUUUAGUUAAGGAUCCUAUUAUUAAGUUGGCAGCCAUAGAUAAUGGCCUUGCUUUCCCUUUGAAACACCCAGACUCCUGGAGAGCCUAUCCAUUUUACUGGGCAUGGUUGGCUCAGGCUAAAGUGCCCUUCUCUCAAGAAAUUAGAGACCUGGUUCUGCCUAAACUGGCUGACCCAAACUUCAUCAAGGACCUGGAAGAGGAUCUAUACGAGCUAUUUAAGAAAGACCCAGGUUUUGACCGAGGACAGUUCCAUAAGCAAAUAUCUGUGAUGAGAGGGCAGAUUCUGAACCUGAGCCAGGCUCUGAAGGAUGCCAAGACGCCGCUGCAGCUGGUUCAGAUGCCGCCGGUGAUCGUGGAGACGGCCCGCGCCCCCCAGCGUGCCAACAGCGAGUCCUACACACAGAGCUUCCAGAGCAGACGGCCCUUUUUCACUUGGUGGUGAUCUCUGUAUGGCGUGUACAGGGCACAGAAGCGAGGCAACACAGUAUACCUCUGCGAUCAUCUUCUCUUCCCUCGAGCGAGGGGAGAGGGGAGAGACUGAACAGCGUAGAGAUGGAGCAGGAGGGGGUGAUGAGGAGAAGGAAGAGAGAGAAAGUGAGAGAAAGGUGGCCUGUUUCAGUCUCACUUUUGUUCCGUUUCUUCCUUUUUUUUUUUGUUGUCUGUUCAUCCUGCUGUACGAAAGUUUGCCUUGGGGAAAAAAAAAUAAUGUAACCGUCAGUCGUCCUUGGACUAAUCCACACUAAACCUCUAGCGACUGGCACCUGGCACAACUUAACCAUGGGAGAAGUUCAUUCCCGUUGUUAUUCAGACAAGGUGAAAUGGACCCGCAUGAUUGAUUACCUGUGACUCGUUAGUGCUUUAUUGAUCACUGUAUGUGUGCGGGGGUGGAACUGCUGCGUUUACUUUUUGCACCAGCUGUCUGAAUAGAUGCAUGCUCAUCACGCUGGGUCUCCAUACUGACCCUGGGCCUGUUUGUCAAAAGGAAAACAGGCUUCUAGGGACACUGCUGAUGUGCACACACACUCUGUUUUCAUGUUUUUUUUUUCUUCUUUUUUCUACUCACAUAACACAUUUGAUCAUAUGCUAAAGACUGCCUACUGCAGGAGGAAGUACAGACUGGCCCCUGACAUUCCAAGUGGUUGUCUUCUGUCUGGUACUGGUCUAUUGAGAUAACAUGCUGUCAUGGAGAUAACGUGCCGUCAUGGAAGCUUUUAUUACUGUCACCUGAAACUGACCCACAUGUAUUGUGACAAACAUACUGUAUCAUUUGUAUGUAGUGUAUUUAAUGUAAGAUUAUAUGACCUAUAACAAACAAUA